GUCACGUGGGCUGAGGGGCGGGGCGGAAAGGCUGGAUGAGUUCCUUCCGGGUCAGUGACAGAAGCGUCAACUCUGUGGGGUAGUUCCUGGCAACUUGAUCUUCACUGCCUGUUUUUCCCAGAGUGAGGUGAUUGUGAUUUCGGCGAUGAGCUCUCAGAAGGGGAACGUGGUUCGUUCCAGGCCUCAGAGGCACCAGAAUACGUUUAGCUUCAAAAAUGACAAGUUUGAUAAGACUGUUCAGACCAAGAAAAUCAAUGCAAAACUUCAUGAUGGAGUAUGUCAGCACUGUAAAGAAGUUCUUGAAUGGCGUGUAAAGUACAGCAAAUACAAACUAUUGUCAAAGCCUAAAAAAUGACCCAUGUUGGCUCCUAUUUCUUCCCAGCCUAUCCUUUUGAAGCCUAAGGCAAGCCUUUUACCUGCUGCUGCUGGUGGAGCUGUCAGUUGCUCUUCUGUCUAUUCCAUUCUCUAUCCUGUCCUCUAUUUGGAACCCAAUGAUGUCCACAGAGAAGCUUUACUGGGGAUCUAGAUGCAACGGCCGUCUCUUCUUACUCCUCAUUUCUCCUACUCCUGCUUUUGUCUAUGUUUUGAAGACCUCCAGGCCAUUGGGGAUAUUUCUGUGGAAGAAAACAUGAUGUAGCGUUCUUUAGUGGCCCUCCCUCUGCAGGGGGCACACAACCACAGUAAAAUAGAUAAGGGAAAAAAUAAGUGAGAAUGUUCAAUUUUCAUUCUGAAGAAGAUCAUUGAUGACAAUGAAGAGUAACUAGUGAUUGAUAAGCUUUAAGGAGGAAAUUUCAUGCAUAUUUUUCUUCAAAAACAAUCCAUCAUCACGACAAGCCAUGACACUGAAAUAAAUUUGAGACUAGUAAUUAAGCACAAAUUUCUAAGAUAAUGAUCCAACAAAGAUAUAGUACAGAGAUAAGGAAGAAUGAAUCUGGGCAAUGAAAGUUGUGGCAAUAAAUGAUAAAAAUAAUAAAUGAUUCAAAGUUCUUUGGAUAAAUACAGCUGUAUAAGAACAAGUGAAUAACAUAAAGUAGAUUGUACUUCUGUGCAUGAGGAGAUGUCAUAAGCUGUUAACUCAAUUCAUUUCAAACAUAUAUUAGGCACACACCAGGG